GUUUCCCUCACAAAAUAAGUAAAGUGAAUCGCAGGAAGAUUUCUGCACAUUAUUUUAGUGAGAGAAACAUAUAGAUACAUUUACGUAUAGAGAGGAAAGUGAACGUUUUUUUGCUGUAUGUCACUGGAGUACUACCACAGUGGUUACCAGGAAUACGGCGCUUACAGUGAGCUUGAUAACCCUCUGCAAUGGCCUCAACUUCGGAAAAAGCGACGUCUCUUCUCCUCCGAGAGGUUACUUCCUCCUCUGCCGCCGAUGUCGUCCAGGAUUGGACCACUGAUCCUUCCGUCGGCGAUCAGAUUCGCCACCGUGGCACAGCUACUUCUGUCGGUGACUUAAUUCGUCCUGUCGUUGCUCAAUCCUCCGCUGCUACCGCUGCUGCUAAAGGAACUGGGCCAACGAGUAUGGUCAGGGCGCAGACUCGCCAUCCACUUGAUCCUCUAGCUGCUGCUGAAAUCUCCAUAGCCGUGGCAACUGUUAGGGCUGCUGGAGCAACUCCAGAGGUAAGAGAUAGCAUGCGGUUUAUAGAGGUGGUGCUGGUGGAACCAGCGAAAAGCGUGGUUGCAUUAGCCGAUGCGUAUUUCUUCCCACCUUUUCAACCAUCGUUGUUGCCAAGGACAAAAGGGGGACCCAUAAUUCCCACGAAACUUCCACCUCGACAAGCUAGACUUAUCGUUUACAACAAGAAAUCAAAUGAAACUAGCAUAUGGAUUGUUGAACUAUCAGAGGUUCAUGCUCUAACUCGAGGUGGCCACCAUAGAGGCAAAGUCAUUUCAUCUAAAGUAGUGCCUGAUGUACAACCUCCUAUGGAUGCUGUGGAAUAUGCUGAAUGUGAAGCCAUUGUAAAGGACUUCCCUCCAUUUCGGGAGGCCAUGAAGAGGAGGGGCAUUGAAGAUAUGGACCUUGUUAUGGUAGAUCCCUGGUGUGUUGGUUAUCACAGUGAAGCUGAUGCUCCUAAACGUAGACUAGCGAAACCACUUAUAUUCUGUCGGACAGAAAGCGACUGUCCCAUGGAAAAUGGUUAUGCUCGUCCUGUUGAAGGAAUCGAUGUGCUAGUUGAUAUGCAAAAUAUGGUGGUGAUAGAGUUUAAAGACCGCAAACUUGUUCCUCUACCACCAGCAGAUCCAUUGAGAAAUUACACGGCUGGUGAAACAAGGGGAGGUGUUGAUCGAAGUGAUGUGAAACCACUAAACAUUAUUCAGCCUGAUGGUCCUAGUUUUCGUGUUGAUGGCCAUUUUGUUCAGUGGCAGAAGUGGAAUUUUCGUAUUGGUUUCACUCCUAGGGAGGGUUUGGUCAUUUAUUCCGUUGCAUAUGUUGACGGUAGCCGAGGUCGGAGACCCGUGGCACACAGAUUAAGCUUUGUAGAAAUGGUGGUUCCUUACGGUGACCCCAAUGAUCCUCAUUACAGGAAGAAUGCAUUUGAUGCGGGGGAAGAUGGACUUGGUAAAAAUGCUCAUUCUCUUAAAAAGGGUUGUGAUUGUUUGGGCUAUGUCAAGUAUUUUGAUGCUCACUUAACAAAUUUCACUGGGGGUGUUGAGACGAUCGAAGAUUGUGUUUGCUUGCAUGAAGAGGAUCAUGGAAUCUUAUGGAAGCAUCAGGAUUGGAGAACAGGUUUAGCUGAAGUACGCCGGUCAAGAAGGCUAGUGGUUUCUUUUAUAUGUACCGUGGCCAACUACGAGUAUGGAUUCUAUUGGUAUUUUUAUCAGGAUGGAAAAAUAGAAGCGGAGGUGAAAUUAACUGGAAUUCUCAGCUUAGGAGCUCUACAACCUGGAGAAGCUAGAAAAUAUGGGACUAUGAUUGCUCCUGGACUCUAUGCUCCUGUUCAUCAACACUUCUUUGUUGCUCGCAUGGAUAUGUCCGUUGAUUGUAAGCCCGGUGAAUCCCACAAUCAGGUGGUUGAGUUGGAUGUUAAAGUUGAAGGACCAGGAGAUGCAAAUGUUCACAACAACGCGUUCUAUGCUGAAGAGAAACUGUUGAAAUCUGAAUUAGAAGCAAUGCGUGAUUGUAAUCCUUCGUCUGCCCGACAUUGGGUUAUCAGGAACACGCGAACUGUAAACCGAACAGGGCAGUUGACAGGCUACAAACUAGUACCUGGAUCAAAUUGUUUACCACUAGGUGGUGCAGAGGCCAAGUUUUUGAGAAGAGCUGCUUUCUUGAUGCACAAUCUGUGGGUCACGCCAUAUAAAUCAGACGAAAUGUUUCCUGGUGGGGAGUUCCCUAAUCAAAAUCCACGUGUUGGUGAGGGAUUGGCUACAUGGGUUAAGCAGAACCGGUCUCUAGAAGAAACUGACUUGGUUCUUUGGUAUGUAUUUGGAAUAACACACGUUCCUCGACUGGAAGAUUGGCCUGUUAUGCCAGUAGAACACAUUGGAUUUGUUCUUAUGCCACAUGGAUUCUUCAACUGCUCUCCAGCGGUGGAUGUUCCCCCGAGCUCGUUGGCUGAUUUGGAAUUGAAGGAAAACGGAAUGGUCGAAAAAGCAUGCCAUAAUGGUCUCGUUUCAAAGAUGUGAAAGAAGGAUCGUAACCACGUAAGUGUACUCUAGAAUUCAAUUCUUAUUUGUGAUCUCAAAUGCUAUGUUGAGAGCAUUCUUUACUUCAAUCCAUGAUCUGAAACUAGGUUACUAUGAUUCACAUCUUCCCACGGUUGUUUGUGGGAAGGUGUGGGCAUUUGCCUCUAUUUUAUUUUAAUUCUACCUGUUUAAUUUCGUAUAGAAGACUUGUUACAAUGGUAUCUGGGUUUUGGGUUACCGGUAAAUCUCAACCUCUCCGGAGAUAACGGGUUCAAGUCU